AUGGCGUGUCGCAGCUUUACAUCUGGUGCAGGUUCAACUUCAAGAUUCUAUAGCAAAUCUCGACGAGCCCUAGCGCCAUCUGCCUGUCAACAAUACCGAGAGUUCUCACGAAGUCGAUUUGCUUAUGCGGGCACCAGCUCUGGUACUUCAUCGCCCAAACAAGCGGCUAAAGAGGGCGGCGCCGAGGCUCCUUCAAUCAAAGAGAAACUACCAGAUCCCGAGCGCACCCCCUUUCGCUUUCGAGAGUUUGAUCUGGAAGGUAAAGUGUUCGUGGUCACGGGCGGGGCGCGGGGACUUGGUUUGGCCUUGUCGGAAGCCCUGAUCGAAGCUGGAGGACAAGUAUACUGUCUCGACCGGCUACCGGAACCCGACAAGGAAUUCUUCACUGUUCAGGAACGCCUGGGUCCCAAGUAUGGAGGCUCCUUGAAAUACGACAAGGUGGACGUCCGCGAGGCUGGCAAUCUAGACCGGGUGAUCGAGGAAAUCGCCACGCACCAUAAUCGACUGGAUGGCUUGAUUGCUGCCGCCGGAGUGCAGAAUGUGACACCGGCGCUCGACUACACGCCGGAGAAGAUCGAGGAGAUGAUGAACAUCAACUACAAAGGAGUCUACUGCUCGGCCGUCAGCUGCGCGCGACAAAUGAUCAAAUACAACUGCAGUGGCUCUAUCUUACUUGUCGCCUCCAUGAGCGGGAUGGUCGCCAACAAAGGUUUCAACUCGUCGGUUUACAAUUCUAGCAAGGCCGCUGUCUGCCAGCUGGCCCGGUCUCUGGCGAUGGAAUGGGGAAAAAUCGUCAAUGGGAAGCCUAUCCGCGUCAAUGCUUUGUGUCCCGGAAAUAUCAUGACCCCGAUGGUUCGGAAGAACUUUGAGGAUGACCCCCAGUUGAAGGAGCUUUGGGAGAAAGAGAAUAUGCUGGGACGCAUAUCGACACCCGCGGAAUACAGAGGGGCAGCUUUGUUUUGUCUAAGCGAUGCGAGCUCUUUUAUGACUGGCUCGAAUCUCGUUAUUGAUGGAGGUUACACCGCAUGGUAG